AAAUAUAAUAUAAUUUUAAUAAUUUUAAAAUAAUACUAAAUCCAAAAGUAUUUGAGAUUGAGUAGAUUUUGUAAAGUUGUUAUUAUGAUUUUAAGAUGAUUUGAAGAAAUUUCAGGAUAUUUCUAAAAGAUUGAUAAUUUCCAUUUUUCUUAUAUUUCUUAGUUCAUGAAAUAUAUAAAACGUACAGACAUUGUUUAUUUUAUUUUAUUAUUCAUUUUUAACACUUGAAUCAAACUCUAAUUUUGGAGAGACUAAACAAAACCAAAAUGUAAAUGUUAAAUACCCAAUGGAAUCUUGAUCAAACAUGAUAAAAAAAAAAAGUGAUCACGAAAAGUAGUCAUUGACUAUCCUGAUAUAUCAAUUUGACAGGAUGUAAUGGGUACAGUCAAUAUAACUUACCAUGUUUACAAAUUACAUAUAUACAAUAUACACCUGCCGAAGUAUAAUGUAUAUAAUUAAUUUCAUAAAGAUACUUACUGUUUAAAUUAAAAUAAAUUAAAAUAAAUUAAUGGAUCAGAAGAACAAAGGAAUCCAUAAUAUCCCUUUCCAUGGGAUAAAGACCAAAAAAGUAACGAUUGUAUAAAUAAAAACCGUUUUAUUUUCAUAUCUCCUUUAUAAGAGGAGCUAGGUAGAGAGAGCUCUCUAUAAAAACAUAAUCACCAGCAGUAACCAACGUAGUCUUCCUCAUUCUCCGGUGUGUAGAAAACCCUUUUUUAAAAUUAUUUUCAGGCAUGGGAGACGAUAAGAGAGAUCAAAAGCCAUAUUCAUACGAGAAAGCCAAAACGUUUUCAUGUAACUCACAUUCUUCGUCUUUGUUUAGGCUCAUCUCAAAGCUAGUCUUAACUUUCGCCGUUAUAUUCUGCAUCCAAUUCGUUUUCUACUCGUACGAUUUCACCUCCUAUACUCCACCUCGAUCUCUCAUGAAAAUCGCGGUUUCGCCAGUCGGAUCCGGAUCCGGAUCUUACACGAGUCCAAAACCUGAAGACACGGAGAUAAAACACGUGGUGUUCGGGAUCGCUGCGUCUGCGAAGCUCUGGAAACGCAGAAGAGACUACGUGAAGCUCUGGUGGAAACCCAACGGGGAAAUGAACGGCGUCGUUUGGUUAGACAAACACAUUGACGACAACGACACCGUUUCCGCCGGUCUCCCUCCUAUCAAAAUAUCUUCCGACACGUCAAGGUUCGAGUACACGUACCCAAAGGGCAACAGAGCGGCGCUGAGACUCACGCGAAUCGUGUCCGAGACAGUGAGGCUCUUAAACGGAACAGAGUCUGAGAGAAACGUGAGGUGGAUUGUGAUGGGAGACGACGACACCGUGUUUUUCACGGAGAAUCUUGUUAGUGUUCUGAGAAAAUACGAUCACAGCCAGUUCUAUUACAUUGGGAGCUCGUCGGAGAGUCACAUUCAGAAUCUGAAGUUCUCCUACGGGAUGGCUUACGGUGGAGGAGGAUUCGCCAUUAGCUACCCCUUGGCUAAGGCGUUGGAGAAGAUGCAAGAUCGUUGUAUUCAGAGAUAUCCCGAAUUGUACGGCUCCGACGAUCGGAUUCACGCUUGUAUGGCGGAGCUUGGUGUUCCUUUGACUAGAGAAGUUGGUUUUCAUCAGUUUGAUAUAUAUGGGAAACUACUGGGCCUGUUAUCAGCCCAUCCAUUAGCUCCAAUUGUCUCCAUGCAUCAUCUAGACAUAGUGGAUCCAGUAUUCCCAAACAUGGGUCGAGUCAACGCCAUGAAACGUCUCAUGGCUCCAGCCAAACUGGAUUCAGCGAGCCUCACUCAGCAAUCAGUUUGUUAUGACACUACACACCGUUGGACUGUGUCUGUGUCAUGGGGAUACACAGUUCAGAUUAUACGUGGUCUAUUGUCAGCGAGAGAGAUGGAGAUCCCGACACGCACAUUUAUAGAUUGGUACAAGCACGGAGACGGCAAAAGCUACGCUUUUAACACACGUCUUUUCAGCAAAAGCACGUGUCAACGUCCACGCGUGUACUUCCUCUCCAAUGCGCUUCCUGAUUCGGCCUUACACAGAACUGCAAGCGAGUACGUGAGGUGGUAUGACAUGUGGGAUCUUGAAUGUGAUUGGGAAGUAUCGGAUCCUUCUGAUAUCGAACGGGUUAUAGUUUAUAAAAAGCUCGUUCCCGAUAGAUGGAACAAAAAUAAGGCUCCGAGAAGAGAUUGUUGUAGAAUAUUGCCUACGAAAAAGAAUGGGACGAUGGUGAUUGAUGUUGGAGCUUGUGAAGAUGAUGAAAUUGUUGAAUUCUCUGUCAAAUAGUGUAUUUUUUUUCUAUUAUUGGUUUGGUCUCACUACCAUAUCUUAGUGUAACUUUCACACAAAGCUAUAGAGAAGAACUACUUUCGGAAUUUCCAACUGAUGCAUGUAUGAUAUUGAUAUUAUUUCAAGUUAUUCAUACCUAGAA